ACAAUCUUCUCGCGUGGUUUGCGAAACUAUUUCACGCGAGACUACACGAGACGGAUUGAAAGCGUUUGUCGGGAUUACCUUGAUACAGAUAGAACGUCGCAAAAUGACAGCGUUAUUUCUACUGGGAGCACUUUGUGUUGCGUUGUGUGCGUCAGCCGUGCCGUCAGAUGAAAUACCUAUAGACGGGUCGGCUAUAUGUGGGGAGACAAAACCUGUUGCCAAGGAGGGCGAGUUCACUCUGUUGGGUACUGGAAACUCCUCGACGGCUGACUGCUCCUUCAUGUUUACAGCCGAGUCUGUGCCGGAUCCUGACUGCACACCUGCAUUAUGCUACCUGUUUGAUAUCUAUGCAUUUUUCGAAGACCCUAAAGCUAGUCUUUCAAUAGAAAGCGGGACAGAAGUUCUGACAUACAACAACAAGACGGAAACUCCCCGUAAACCCGUGUGUACGUCGCAUAAGAAACUUACGGUGAUCAUGAGGGAGGAAGCUGGAUAUGUAUUUAACCCUAAGAAACCAAAGGAAGCGUACAAAUUCAGAAUGGUAAUUUACCACAAAUGCGGUGCGAAGGGGUCCGUCCAAAACACCAAGUUUGAAGACGCAAUUCAGCACGCUAAAGGUUACCAUCGAGCAGAAGAAAGAGAAAAUCGUGAGAACAAACAGUUUGUCUCUGGAAUCUUACUGGGAUUUGGACUCGCCAGUAUGUUCCUGGUAGUCCUUCUCAUCGCGUAUUGUUACACCAGGAACAGUCCCAACCGGCCACCAGGCAGGAGUGUUGGUAUGCCCAAAGUUGGAGGUUUCAAGAAAAAGAUGAAGCCAAACGAGCCUUCAGGGCACAAAGAAGUCGAAAUGGGAGUUGGUUAUAAAGCACAAGAUCCUGAGGCAAAACCAGAAUCCGAAGCCCUUUUAACAAGAGGGGCCAGUGACCCGGAAAAACCACCCUUGGACACAGCAACAGUGGAUGAAGUCGAUGAGAAAAAACCUGAACCUGAAUCUGAACCUGAACCUGAACAAGUGGAAAAGGACUUAGAAAAAACGCAAAAAGCAGUUGAAAAUGUAGAAAAAAAUGAGACAAAUGCAGGGGGAGAUAAUUCCGGAAGUGGUGAUACUAAUACAGGGGCAGAUAAUAAUGACGGAAAUGACGCUGGAACAACUGAUUGAUCUGUUUGAAAAUUAGGAAUUUUCUCCCUUUGCAUUUAAAUGACAGCUUUUUUUUUAUAAUUAUACCACUUACACUGCACAAGGUUGAAAUGGAGUUGUGCUAAAAUAAAACAAAAAUGUAGAUAGACACAAAUCAUAGUAGACACGGUUUUGUAGAUAGACACAAAUCAUAGUAGACAAGGUUCUUCUUUUAAUCGACAUUCUGAAUAAAAAAGGAACAGGCACCAGUCAUUAAUUUAGCACUGAGUACAAGCAAUACUACUAGCUUUUUAUAUUUUAUUUUGGGUAGAUUAUUUUUAAUUUAAACAUUCAAAUGCCCAAGUUAAUCGAAAUGUUUACUUAGAAUUUUAGACUGCUUUUGUAAAUUUCUGUAAAUGUACAUUGAAAACAUAAAUCAAUUUAUUUAAAUUGCAUUAACUUAAUUCGGCUUGAUGCAGAUUUGAUUUGGAUUUUUUUAGUUGGAACGAAAAUGUAGGACUCAUUCUAGCUUGCUAUAUCUGAAAUAAUAUUAUUUCAUAAACGAGAUUGCGGAAUACAAUACAUGCGCAUUUUCAUUUUCAGUUGGUUUACCUUUUUUCUUUAUUCAUGGAAGAAUCGAAUUUUAUUUACGCUUUUACCAAUGAAUCUCAGUGUAAAUGUCCAUUAAAAUUUGCUUUAAGAACGAAUUUUGAAAACAUCCUAUUUUCUGCUCAACAACUAAAAUUUUAUUAGUUUUAUAUAGACGUAGAUUGUAUUUGCCCAAUCUUGCGGUGCAUUUUACCCAUUCGUUCAUUCUGGCAUUCAUGUAUAUCAUAUUAAAUACAUACUAUGCAUUUCAUUAUCAUGCUGUUACCAUUUAAAUUUUUAUUAUUCGCAUAUUCUAUACGUAUAUUGGAUUUGUCAUGGAAAGGUUAUUUGCUAUUCGCAGCCAUGCUAUUGUCUUUACAAAACGGACGCUUUGUUGACAAAAAAAGAGAAAUAUUCAACACAUAGAUUUAAUAUCUUUUCGUACCAAAAAUUUAAUUCCUUUUGUAAAAAUGAAUACUUCAGCUCCUCUUUUACAGCUAAGAAGAGCAAGAUUUGAAAGGAAAAUAUUUUUUAAAAUACGAAUUUGCUUACCGAAAGUACAUGUACAAAAAAUCAUGGAUCCAUUUUCAGCAUGUCAUAGAACGUAUACAUGCGCGCAAGUCGGCGUCAGGGCGGCUCUGUUUUCAAGAUCACUAUUUUUCACACAUAAUUUGUAUUUGUGUAGAAAAAAGCAGUGUCUCUUCGUUCUAGGAGGAUAGAAAUUGUUCUAAGCAUCCAUUUUGCAUCCAGAAAGAAAGAUCUGCAACACGUUUUUUACCUCAUAUGGAUGCCAUAUUUGUACAUUCAUUUGGUAUCUUAGUCAUAUUUAGAUAAUAUUUAGAGUUUUAAAAUGUUGCAUUUCUAGACGUUCAUUGUGUAAUUGUUCUGAAAUGCAUUGAUAAUAAUCAGUAGUGAGCUUGUUUUCUGUGAGUGUACGCCGAUAUUAGAUAUAAUUCUUUUCUAUCAGGCAGCUUUCUGUUUUAAUGUACGUAGAUUUAGAAGGCGUCAGUCUAACACAUUUUCUUCCAAAAAACUUGUAAACAGGGAUUGUUCAGUCUGCUUUUCCAUUAUUAGUUGGCUAAAAAUUUUGUCUUAUGUAUAUUGGUAUUCAAAAAUGUGUUCCUUCCUGCCUUGAAUAGAAAAAUACGCCCUUUUGUAAUGGUUGAUUUUUCAAUAGUUUAGGAUUGUGUGUUAAAUUUAUAAUUUGUAUUUUCCUAAAAAGAAAAUAAUUGUGCGCAAAUAGUUCAGUUAUCAUCAAAUAUUGUGUAAGCACGGGCGGACCUAAUGCAUGAAUUAUUACAAAACAUUUCAAUACCUCGAAAAAAUACUUUGUACACUUUUAUACAUUCCUUGAAUUUCGGUAUUUUUAAAGUUGCCUAGAGUAGAUGUGUGUGGUUGUAUGUGAACUUUUAUUAAUGUGUUAUUUCAAUUCGCUUUGAACCUUCCAAUUUGAAAGAAAGGAUAUUCCAUGAGAAGCCAUUACUGGCCACUCGCUAAUUUCCGAUCGGCCUAAAAUUCAAGAAUCUAUGCAAUACCGCAUCGAAAAUGAAACUUGAUUAGUGUUUAAAAUAUAGAUGGUAGAUCAUCGGUAACAUUUAUGCUAAAAAUUCAGAUUAAUACACUGAGGUGUAACCAAUCGUUUGCUUUAUUCUCUUUGAAAUGUCCAUUGUCUUAAGAUCAACUUUGCGGCGGCCCAGUUUUUGAUAUUUCAGCAUAGCAAAUUUUCGAGUCUUUUUUUUUCUCAGAUCAGUUUAAGAACAUUCUGCAGGCAUGACAUGCAUGUUGAUACAUAAAUCUGUGGUCUAAACCUUUAUAGACUAUAAUAAUGAUACAAUGAUUUUUUCUCUUCUCUCAAAAUAUAAUAAAUCGAUACCUAUUGACGACAUGGCGGCAUUGUUAAAAAGAAAACUGUGUUAUGAAUGUAUGUCUAGCACAUGUUAAAACGUCUGCUGAAAAUUAUGCUUCUUGUGUUAAACGGUGACCUUUUUUUAAAUAAAAUUUUGAAACUA